AUGAGCAUCGACGAGGAAUAUCAAGAGGGAACUGCAUCCACAUAUGAUAAUAAGAAGGUGAUUGUGGCAAGAAAAGCUGUCAGGUAUAUCCUUUCCACUGCGGAGAGUCAAAACACAAUUAUCUCAGAUGCUAAACUGAAAAAGACACUUGCUGAGAUGUACAAGGAAGAGAAUGUCGGAAAAACCAUUAGUUUUAAUACCAUGUUUAUUGAGAUCAAUAAAAUCCUAGGCGAUGUUUAUGGAUACGAGCUAAAAGGGCUACAAGCUAAGAUUGCUGCUAACGCUACCAAAUCUACUCAAUCAAAGUCAAAAGACUUAAUCGAAUUCAUAGAUUCAAGGGCAAAACACUUUAUUCUUCUGAAUAAAAUGCCUUAUCUUAACAAUUUUGAUGAAUUCAAGUUAUUACAAAGCAUAAGAACAUAUGAAGAUUUGAUUGUCAAUGGGGAAUAUGUUGGUGAUGAUAUGGGCCUCGAGAGUUCCAAUACUUUGGAGAGUAAACUGAAUGUAGACCAGGACUUGGUCUUCAAAGGGCUGCUUAGUGUUGUAUUAUGUGCUAUUAUCUUUUCCAAAAACAAUAUUCUUCAUCAGGAAUUAUUGACCCACUUAGAAAAAUUUGGGGUUCCUACUGAUGGGAACCGAAUCCCAGUCAUUAAUUGGAAUAUAGACGAAUUGAUGAAAAUUCUAGAAAGAAGAGAAUACGUUACCAAAAUGGAAGAAAAAUCUGAUGUGGCAGGCGAAGUAAUACUUUAUCGUAUUGGGAGACGAACUCAGGUAGAAUUCGAUUUAGAUUCAUUAACAGCAUUAGUCAAGGAAGUGACGGGCUUGGAUGGGCCUCAGGCGGAGGGAAUAAGAGAAGACGUCAAAAAGAGUGUAGGUGAUGCGUAUCCAAGGGAUUGA